CCCCUUCCAACAAGAAAAACUGAAGAAAAAAAAUGUGUUCUAUUCCUAUUAAAAUACUUGUCCUCAAAUAAGUACACUAAUUAGGAAACUGAACUAACUCAUUGUCUAUAUAUUGUCCACUUUGCUUCUAGUUUCUCUCUUACAUACCAUUCUACUAUUAAUAAUUCCUUUCAAUGACCAAAAUUACCAACUCUAGUAUUCCCUUAAUUCAGCCUCUAAAAAUUCUCCAGUUCCUUAAAAAAGAAGUAAUCAAAGCCAAAGGAGUAGAGAAGAAGAAUGACGCCGGAGAGAAGACCGCCGGCGGUGGCGAUGCCGCCGGAGAGAAGACCACCGGCGGUUUCAGUGACGCCGGAGACGAUGAGCUUGCUACCAUCCUGUUAAAACUCGAUUUGCAUUGUGAAGGUUGUGCCAAGAAAGCCAAACGUUCAAUUCGCCGAUUUGAAGCUGUGGAAGACGUAAAGGCGGAUUACACCAGUGGGAAAUUGACGGUAAAAGGGAAUGUGGACCCCUUAUGGCUCCAGGAGAUGGUGGAAAAUAAGACCAAGAAGAAGGUGGAACUCCUCUCUGCUCAGCCCAAAAAGGACGGUGGCGCCGGCGGCGACGACGGAGAUAAAAAAUCCGAUGACAAAGUUGAGAAAAAGGCCGAGGAGAAGAAAGGGGAAGAUAAAAAGCCCAAGGAGCCUCAAUUUAACACGGUGGUACUGAAGAUUCGGCUGCAGUGUGACAGGAAUGCACAAAAAGCAAAGCGAAUUAUAAAGAAAAUCGAUGGAGUGGAAGAAGUGAGUAUAGCUCUAGAAAAAGAUAUGGUGACAGUGAAGGGAACAAUGAACGUAAAGGAGCUAACAUCAUCAUACUUGAAAGAUAAAUUGAAGAGGAACAUAGAUGUUGUUAUUACACCAAAGAAAGAUGGUGAAUCAAAAGUGUCAAGUACAGAGCUGAAAGAGCAAAAGACAGAGGUGAUUAACAAAAUGGAAUACUAUGGCCACAGUAAUCCAAAUACGUACUACGCAAUGCCAAUGUACAAUCACAAUUACAUGGAUCAAGAUUAUGGCUUGGCAAUGCACAAUCCUCGAAUGGUUACAGGCCAAGAUUAUAUAUAUGAUCAUAUUGGUGGCUAUGUGCCCCCGCCAUUCUUAACAGCGCCUCAAAUGUUCAGCGAUGAAAAUCCUAAUGGUUGCUCUCUUAUGUGACAAGACGACGACGACAACAACAACAAUCCAGUAGAAUCAUACUAGUGGGGUCUGGGGAGGGUAGAAUGUACGUAUACCUUACCCCUACUCGGGAUAGAGAGGCUGUUUCCGGGAAACUCUCUUAUGUGACAAGAUUACAAUAUAAGUUCAGCUCAAAUGUAAAUAAGCCAAAUACAUAUACGCACCAUUAAAUUUGGCCCAAUUUUUCAUUUCGGCAUUUUAACUCAGCCUUGUUUUA